AUGGGAAACUGCGCUACUAUGAAAUAAACUACUAAUUUAUGCUCAGCAGCUCAGCUUUUAAAAUCAUAAUACGAGUAGAUGAUUAACUAAAUAAAAGCUUCUAGAAAUAUUUUGAUUAAAUAAUUUGUGAAAGACUUAGAAGACCAAAAGGAGAGAGAAGAAGACUUUUCUUUCAUGCAAGAUCUAAAGCUAGUUAAGGAAAAUUGCAGAGGCAUUGAAUUAAAAUAUUAAUUCAGCACUGUUAUACAUUAAUUAUAAGAAAUCGAAUCGAAAUUUUAGCUUUUAGAAAACAUUUAAAAAAAUGAAUUAGAGAGAAGGGUCGCUAAAGGCAUUGACAUUAACUAAAAGACUAAAAAGAUAUUAAAUGAUGCUUCUAAAUUAAGAGUAAUUAUUUAUGACUAUUUCUAUUCAGAUUUAGAAGUAACUGAUGUUCCCAAUGAGCUGAUUUGA